ACCCGCGGGCGGGCGUCCCGCAGCUCCCUCGCCGCCCCGCCCCGCCCCGCCCGGCCCGGCGGCGGGACGGGUAACGGUUACCAAGCACUUUCUUAGCCGCGAUUUCUGCUUAGUCAUUGUCUUCCAGGAAACGGUCCCUUCAGUUGGGAGUCAACUCUCCGGCGGCGGCCGCAGUAGCAGCAGCAGCCGCCGCGGCCAGCGCGUCCUUCCCGGGCCGCAGCUCCGCCAGUCCGGCCUCCAGAGGUCCCGAGCGCAGGCUGAGGUCCCGCCGCGUGGGGCGGCCAGCCUCGCGCUCGGCUCUCCGGCCUCGGGCACCGCGUCCUGCAGGGCGGCCUCCCUCGCCUGCGGCCCCGUCGCCGCCUGGCCCCCCUCCGUCGGCCGCUGCCAUGGGCACCGACAGCCGCGCGGCCGGGGCGCUGCUGGCGCGGGCCCGCACCCUGCACCUGCAGACCGGGAACCUGCUGAACUGGGGUCGCCUGCGGAAGAAGUGCCCGUCCACGCACAGCGAGGAGCUUCGAGAUUGUAUCCAAAAGACCUUGAAUGAGUGGAGCUCCCAAAUCAGCCCUGAUUUGGUCAGGGAAUUUCCAGAUGUCUUGGAAUGUACCGUAUCUCAUGCAGUAGAAAAGAUAAAUCCUGAUGAAAGAGAAGAAAUGAAAGUUUCUGCAAAACUCUUCAUUGUAGGAUCAAACUCUUCAUCCUCAACUAGAAAUGCAGUUGACAUGGCCUGUUCCGUUCUUGGAGUUGCGCAGCUGGAUUCUGUCAUCAUUGCUUCACCUCCUAUUGAAGAUGGAGUUAAUCUCUCCUUGGAGCAUUUGCAGCCUUACUGGGAGGAAUUAGAAAACUUGGUUCAGAGCAAAAAGAUUGUUGCGAUAGGUACCUCUGACCUAGACAAAACUCAGUUGGAACAGCUGUAUCAGUGGGCACAGGUAAAACCAAAUAGUAACCAAGUUAAUCUUGCCUCCUGCUGUGUGAUGCCACCCGACUUGACUGCAUUUGCUAAACAAUUUGACAUACAGCUAUUGACUCAUAAUGAUCCAAAAGAACUGCUUUCUGAAGCCAGUUUCCAAGAAGCUCUUCAGGAAAGCAUCCCUGACAUUCAAGCACAUGAGUGGGUGCCCCUGUGGCUACUGCGGUAUUCGGUCAUUGUUAAAAGUAGAGGAAUUAUCAAAUCAAAAGGCUACAUUUUACAAGCUAAAAGAAGGGGUUCUUAACUACGACUUAGGAUCAUAACCUACUGACUUGUAUUUUCCUUGAAUAUAAGAUAAAAUUGAGAUGUAUAAAAAUUAGUUACUGCCUGUAAAUGGUGUCAUGGAGGCAGAUAUUCUUCAGUUAUAUUUGACGAUAUGUUAUCCGUCAAGAUUUGAAUACUUCUCUUGCCUCCAUAUCAGUUCACUCACAUGAACUCCACUGUAUUGUUUUCAUUAAACUAUUGUUUUCUAAUUGAAAUUGUCUAUGAAGAAAAUACUUACAAUAUAUUUUUCCUUUAUUUUUAUGACUAAUAGAAAUCAAGAAAAAUUGUUGUUAGAUAUAUUUUGGGCCUAGGUAUCAGGGUAAUGUAUAUACAUAUUUUUUAUUUCCAAAAAUUAAUUAAUGGCUUCUUAUUCUAUAGUAUAAGCAAUUUAAUUACAAUUGUUAAAACAAAUACUGGAAGAUAUUUUUUCUGUAAUUGAUAAGAUGAUUAUAUCCCACAGUAACUAGAGUAGCUGGGAUCUACUAGUAGUGUAAGUAAAAUUCAUAUCUUCAGUACAUGAAUGAAAACUUAAACUUAAUUGUCCUUGCUUGUAGUUUACCUAUAAUGAUUUAAUCUUGUAUUCUUGUGCCAUAUUUUCCUUGCUGUUAUUUCCAAGACAAACCAAAGUAAAUCUGAAAAAGGAGAUUAGAA